UACCACCAUUUUUCUCGGUUCUUUGCGGUUCAAUUGGUGUGGUCCCGAAUAAUUAUAUUGUACAUUUAUCCAUUUCAUUCUGCGAAAUGGCCAGACCCAAAGUUUUUUUUGACCUCGCCCACAACGGCUCCCCCCUCGGCCGAGUGGUCAUGGAGCUCGCUGCGGACGUGGUCCCCCGGACCGCAGAGAACUUCCGUGCGCUCUGUACCGGAGAAAAGGGAUUCGGCUACAAGGGCUCCACCUUCCACCGGGUCAUCCCCGGGUUCAUGUGCCAGGGAGGGGACUUCACCAACCACAACGGAACCGGGGGAAAGUCCAUCUACGGAAACAAGUUUGCAGAUGAGAACUUUAACCUGACGCACGACCGGGCUGGCAUCCUGUCCAUGGCCAACGCGGGGCCCAACACCAACGGCUCACAGUUCUUCAUCUGCACAGCCAUUACCUCAUGGCUGGACGGGAAACACGUGGUGUUCGGGAGUGUGGUGGAGGGAAUGGAUGUCAUUAAAACCGUGGAGCGCUACGGCUCCCAGAGCGGCAGCACGUCGGGCAAAAUCACCGUGUCAGACUGCGGGCAGCUCUGAGGCCUUGACGUACAUCAGUGUUCCUGUUGUGCCCCCCCCUUCAAAAAAAGUUAAUGCAUUCUUGACUUUGCCUUAGAAGUUCAUUUUGCCUUUUUGAUUUCCAGAACGUCCCAACAGGUUUUUUUUGCUCACUAAAGAGAAAUAAAAUAAAUUGCCUUUC